CAUAUACCUGCGGCCAUGAGAAGAUAGCUAGCUGCACUCCAUCUUCCACUAAUAAUGGCGGCGGAGGAUGCUGUUAAUAAUGCUUCAUUAACCACUAACGCCGCCGCAUUCCGCCGCUUCUCAUAUCUUUUGCUCAUCUUCAACCUUCUCAUCCUUCCCUUCAACUCAUCAGCUCAUCAUCUCUCUAAACAAUUUUACUCCAAAACAUGCCCCAACGCUCUCCCCACUAUCAAAACCGCCGUCCAAAAUGCCGUCAACUCCGACCCCGGCGCGGCUGCAGCCUUGCUUCAUCUCCAUUUCCGUGACUGCUUCAUUAACGGAUGUGAUGGAUCCGUCUUGUUAGAGAACACUACUAAUCCGAUGUUUGUUCCACCCAGAGGACUUAAUGUGGUAGUCGAUAUUAAAACUCAACUCGAAGAACUUUGUGCUGGUGUUGUAUCUUGUGCUGAUAUUCUCACCGUUGCUACUAGAGACGCAGUUGUUGUGAUUGGUGGCCCUAGUUGGAGUGUUUCAUUAGGUAGAAGGGACUCAACCACCCCAUCUAAAGAUGCUGGCAAUACCAUCAUUCCUGGACCAGCUUCCAAUCUAACUCACCUCAUUGACUCCUUUGCUAACAAAGGUUUUAGUGCCAGGCAAAUGGUUGCUCUCUCAGGAAGUCACACGAUUGGAAUGGCCCGUUGUGCUGCUUUCCGAAACCGUAUCUACAACGAUAGCGAUAUAGAUGCCUCAUAUGCAGCAGGGUUACGAUCAAAAUGUCCACAAAGUGGAGGUGACCUAAACUAUGUUCCACUUGAUACCACCACUCCGAUCUUAUUUGACAACGCUUACUUUAAAAAUUUACAAAGUCAAAAGGGGUUGUUGCACUCUGAUCAACAAUUGCUUAGCGGUGGAUCCACAGACUCCAUAGUCAAGGAGUAUAUUUCAAAUCCUUCUAAGUUUGCAAACGACUUUGCUAAAGCUAUGGAGAAAAUUAGUAAACUCAGCCCGCUCACCGGGACUGAUGGGGAGAUAAGAAGGGAUUGUAGAAGGAUGAAUUCUUAGUUGAUGGAUGGAAACACAAGCUAAGUUUUCAAUAUUAUGGUUUUGAAGAUUAAAGAUUAAAACCUUCCAAAUAGUGGGUGAUGUGUUAUUAGUUCCAUUGCUUUGCUAGAAAGAGAAGCUGAGCAAGAAUGAACACACGCUCACAUAUAUAGGCAAUUAUAUUGUAAUAUAUUGUAAUGGUGUGUCAUAUCAUAUUAAAAUAUUUAUCUUAUUAUUGUGAAAAUGAUUAUAUUGCCAAGAUUAUUUUA